AUGCCUCACUCGACCGACAACUGCGUCUUAUCCGUUAACCUAACGGGACGGUGCCGCUCUGGAUGUCUCCUUCAAUCGAUGUGUGCAAGGUCGGCAAUGCUUAAAGAAGGCGCCCAUCUACCGUAUGCCUUCGCUUAUGACAAAGCCGAUGGUGCAAUCAUCGUGCAGCGCGGCAGUGUCGCUCGCACUAAUGCAGCGGACGUGGAUCAUUUGCGAAUGCGAGCGGUCCCAUGGCGGAGGCGUUCGCAAACUGGAGGGGGAAAGGCAAAGACGAAGGAGAAGGGAAAGGACUGGUGGUGCUGCUCGCUGCUGUCGCUAUUAAUGCCGCUGCUCAGCGGAUCCUUAGCUUCUACAGGUAUUGCGUCGCGUUGA